AUGGAAGAAAUCUUCAAAGACCCCUCAGUCAAAGAACUGCGAAAGAAAGCUUUGAUGUGUGGCAUGUUCUAUGACAAUGACGACAAUGGCGAGGAAUAUGCGGAAGAACAGCUGCUGCAAUUGACUGGCUUCAUGCUUCAAGUCGCUGAUGUGGAUGACAAUGUGCGAGCGACGUUCAAAGAUUAUGAUCUCGAGG